AUGAACGAUACAGAUUCUGCAGAUAUGUCAGACGAUGAUGAUUUUGGACUUGAUAAUGAUUUAACCACAGCUAAUUCAAACGAGCAAACACCAAUUAUUAUCGAAGAUUUAACAACAGCGAUCGAUAUAUCUGUACCAGAAGAAUUACAACAAUUUGAUAGUAGUAAAUUUGCGCAAGAUUUAUUAUCAAAAGUUGGUACAAGUGAUUUUCAGACAUGUCUCUAUCAACAUUGGCGUCGUUAUACUCCAUUAUGUUAUACCUAUCAUCCAAAUCUUGUCAAAGGCAUGAUUGAAUUAAGAGCACAAGAUAUUUUAUUUCGUCCUUUAGAAAUAUUUUUGUAUGGAACACAAGAUACAGAGAAUGCAAUACAAACAAUUAAAGGAUUAAAUAAUCCACCAACAGUUUGUGGACAUUUAUUUAAAUCCGAAGAACCAACCUAUUUUUGUCGAGAUUGUUGUGUUGAUGCCACAUGUGUAUUGUGUACAGAAUGUUUUUUACAAAGUGAACAUCGAAAACAUCGAUACAAAAUGAAUGUGUCAGCUGGUGGUGGCUAUUGUGAUUGUGGUGAUACAGAAGCAUGGAAACAAGAUGUUCACUGUGCUUUACAUAAACCAAAAAAUGAUCAGGAACAAGAUAAUAAUGAUAUUCUAGAACGUUUACCAAAUCUAUUGAAAAUUCGUGCGGGACUGUUAUUUGAAGUAUUAUUAAAUUUCAGUGUACAAUUACUAUGUUGUGGAGAUUAUCAAGAGACACCGGUGGUAUUGAGAAAUGAUGAUUGGGAUGGUAAUCAUGAUCGAUAUGUGACAAUGUUAUUUAAUGAUGAAAUUCAUACCUAUGAUCAAGUUAUAGCAGUUUUAACUCGUUCAAUUUCAUGUUCAAAACAAGAAGGUCAUGAGUAUGCAUCUGUCGUCGAUCGUGAAGGACGAACAGCAGUCAGAUGUGGAAAUCUUGAGCAAUGUCAGGAAGUACAACAAAUGAUAAUGCACCACACAGUUGAUAUACCACUCAAAUGUCGAGUUUAUCCGAAAUGUUUUGUAUCUUUACAAUAUUUUGCACAAAAAUUAAUGUUAUAUAUGCAAGAGGUCAUUGCAAUUUCGGAUGGAUUUCGAAGACUAUUUUGUUUAUGUGAAAUGAAUGCAAAAGAUCAAUUAACAUUAACCGAACGAAUUCUGUUAGCAGAAAAUGUUUUAUGGAAAAGUGCAAAAUCAGUAUUACAUCAGAUAUUCAUUAAUAGUUUUUUUAUGGAUUCUGAAUGGAAGAAAACGUUUGCUAUACUAUAUAUGAAGAAUUAUUCAACUAUAUGGAGAAAUUAUGUUAAAGAUCAUGAUGAAUAUGUUUCAUUUACCGAUUUGUCAGUGCAAGUUUAUACCGUUCCAAGUUUGGCACGAUAUUUGAUUUCAUCUCAUAAUGCAUUUCAAACAAUUGUCGAAGCAUUUCUUGAAUAUUGUAGAAAAAAAUUAAAUUGUAUGUAUAUUAAACGCAUUGUUUAUAUUCCUUAUCGUAGUUUAACGGUUAUUUUGUUUUCUUUUGAAGCUCAAGAAAAAUUGUUAUUUCUUCGUACAACAACAUCAAUGGUUCAAAAUGAGUUUCGUCGAGCACAAUCGAUACUCUAUGAUUUAAAAUAUCUCUUAGGUAUUGUACCAACUCAAUAUACACCAGAAUUACGUGAAAAUUUUUUGAAUGGUUUUACAUCUUUCUUACGACUUUUAUCAUAUAUGCAUGGUAUGGAUAAAGUUGUAAGACAAGUUGGUCAACAUAUUGAAUUUGAACCAGAAUGGGAAACUGGUUUUAACAUUGUUAUUAAAAUCCAAACAAUUAUACAAUCGAUUUUAGAAUGGUGUUCACAAGAUCCUGAACUUUCACAAAAGGCUUAUGUGAAAACUGGUGAAACUCUAGCAUCCAUGCAACAAAAUUCCGAUAUAUCUCAUAUGAUUAAGAAAGAUGCAUCGCCAAUAGUCAAAAUAAGUGUUCAUGACCACAAAAUUGAAUGUUACUCGUACGAUGUUCAAAAAGAUCCAAUCUCUGUUCAUAUUCCUGUUGCUCGUUUACUUGCUGCAAUUUACAUUCAUUUACAACGAUAUACCGAUCCGACAGCUACAUUUCACAAUCUGUGUCAACAGUAUAAGAUUUAUCCAUGUUUUUUCUAUGAAGAAGCGUUACGUAUUCAAGUAUUAUCUGCUCAACACAUCGCUGGAUUAUGGAGACGAAAUGGUUAUUCUCUAUCAAAUCAACUUUACUUUUAUAGUAAUAUCAAAUGUCGUAAAGAAAUGUAUGAUCGAGAUAUAUUAGCGUUGCAAAUAGGUGCCUCAUUAACACAGCCUAACACAUUUCUGGUACAAUUAUUACAUAAAUUUGGACUACUCGAAUGGGUCAGAUCUCCUGAAAAUGGUUAUUCAACAGAAACCGAGACGAAAACACGUGAGAAAGUUCGUAUUAUGGAAGAAUUUUUACAUUUGUUAAUCAUAAUACUUGGUGAACGUUAUGAGCCGUAUGUUGGCCAAGUAAUGAAAGAUGAAAAAUUAAAACGUGAAAUUAUUCAUCAGUUAUGUACAGGACCACUGCCACAUAGUGAACUAGUUCGAAAUUUUACAGAUUCUGGACAAGAAGUAGGGACAGUUGAUCUUGAAUCAGUAUUGAAAGAAACUGCCGAUUUCAAAAAGUUAUCUCACACAUCAAAAGGCCAUUAUGAAUUAAAAAAUGAUUGUUUAAUAGAUUACAAUCCAUUUUAUUAUCAUUAUACAAAAGCUGAUCAAUGCAGAUCUGAAGAAUAUGUAUUGAAACGUCGUAAAAUUCUUGGUUUAUCUUCGUUACUGUUAAUUCCAUCUCCACCGGCAUUCUAUGAUUCAUUUCAAUCUAUUAUUCAAUUGUUACAAUGUGACAUAUUUUUAACAUUAAUUAAAGCGGUCCUCCAUCGAACCAUUGAUCAAAAAGCUGAAUUAUGGUCUGAAGCAAUUCUAAUACGGGCAUUGCAUUUAAUUACUUUAGCUUUGUUUGAAGAAGAACGUUCAUUUCAUAAACAACAAACAUUGUCAUCAAAUGUAUCUUCUCACAACUUUCAGUUUUGUGAAAAUAGUCAAAAAUAUGGAAUUGAAAAACUAUUAACACAAUUAACAACGGCAACUAAAGCAGAAACUUGUAAAGAAUUUGUUUCUCAUAUUUUGAAGUCGUUUAAUAAGUUUAAUGAAAAGCAAAAUGUCAGAGAUGAGCAAUCAUCAUCAUUAACUGUUAGUCAAGAUUUCACAAAUGAUACUAAUAAAAAAGCUCAAAAAGAAAAACGUCGAAAAGAAUUAGCGGCACAAAAACGAGCAAAAAUCAUAGCACAAAUGACAGCGUUACAAAAAAAUUUCAUGGAAGGAAAUAAAGAUCUUUUUGACGAAGCGCAUAUAUCCACGGGGAAUGAUUCAUUAUCUCCGUCGUUGCCAUCGAGUUUGAUAGCAACACCUGUUUUGCUGGGAACAGAAUCAGGCAUGACAGAAUCAAUGGAUACAAAUUUCCCAGAAGAGCUUUAUGCAAAGGAACGCACUAAUCAAGUUUUCCAAUCGUGUCUUGGUACAACCGAUUUGGACUUAUCAAGUCAAACAAAUCUGAUAUUAACGUGCAUAUUUUGUCAAGAAAACUCAGAAGUCAGACUCAAUUCAGAUGCCAUUGUUUUACCAGCUUAUAUUGAAAGCUCUCGUACAUUAUCGAAAAAUCGUUUACGAAAAAUUGAAAAUCCCGAUACAUUUGAUCCGUCAUUUAUGUCAAAUGAUUUAUAUUGGGGUAUUCAUGUUUCGUCGUGUGGACAUGCUAUUCACGCCUCAUGUUGGAUAAAGUAUCAUGAUUCUGUUUUAAUUCAAGAUCAACGUCGUGUAUUACGUAUGCGUGGAGCAACAAAUUAUGAUGUUGAACGAGGUGAAUUUUUAUGUCCGUUAUGUCAAACGUUGAGUAAUACUGUUAUACCCGUGCUACCAUAUUUGCGUUCAUUUGCUGGCGACAUUAAACUUACACCACCUCAAAUGUCUUAUAAAGAUUGGUUAGAUGGACUUGAAAAAGCACUUAAUGGUAGUAUUGAAUCUCGGUAUGAAGAUGAAAGUCAUGAAGAACAAUUAUUUUUUAAUCCAUGUCCAUUAUCAUCCAUAACAAAAAUGAUGGCUGAAACGGUAGCAUUCAAUUUUCAAUUAUUGUUCGGAUUUGCUGGCGGUUCAAAAGUACAAGAAUUUUCUGAUAGUAUACGAGAACGAAUAACUACAUUUGGGAGAAGUAUUUAUACGCUUGGUUUAAAUGUUGAUCCAGAUGAUGAUAACGAUAGAGUACCGACAAUACUGUGGACAUCCUGCGCUUAUACAAUACAAACGAUUGAAAAUUUAUUACGAAUUGAUUCAAAAUCAAUUUUAUCACCCUUACCGUUACGUCAAACAGAAUUAAUUUCAGCAUUAGUUAAAGUAGCAGCUGUGAACGGUCUAUUGCAUGAUAUUGAUAAAAUAAAAAAGCAUUGCCUCAAACUUCUAUCUGUAUUAUUACCAUCUCGAGUUCGCCUACAAGUACCAUCGUUGAGCGAUGUUGACUUAUUUCAUUUGCUUGUUUCACUUUGUUUUACAAUUCCCAUAUUAUUUACAAAUGAAAUACCUCGAUUUGCCCAUGUAGCCAUCGGAAAUUUAAACGAUUUAUAUUUGAUGCGCCUCAUAUUAACGGCACAUUGUUUACAGAUAUUAUCUAGUCACAAUUUUAUUUACCAACAAGAUCAAAACAUUUCUGAGUCUUUGAACAGUGAUACUAUUAAUACUGAUGAUGAUGAAGAAAUAGAAGCAAUUAACAGUGUUGUACAAAGGAUCGUUCAAUCACAAAAUGAAUUAAUCUCGAUUGAAUGUACUGAUGUUAAUGAACAUAUUGGUCAGUCUAUUUUACCAAAUGAUGGAAAACAAAUUAUUGAAAGAUUAUGUCAUGAUAAAUAUACAAAAAAAUUAAAAUGGUUUAUGGGCGAUAAUGUUUGGUAUAUGUGUCAACGUGAAACAUUAACAUUAAAAUUACCAAAAUAUCGAGCAAUAACAACUGAUUGUAGUAAAAAUAGUGAAUUUAAUUCAGCUAUAUUCAAUGAAUGUCGAUCUAAUCAGUCUUGUCAAACUUCUUCACAACGUUUAUUAUCUGGUCGUGCAUUACGUGAAAAAUUAAAAUUAUCUUUGUUACCGUUAUUAAGAUGUUCAGCUAUAUUCUAUCAUUAUUUAACCGGCAUAGCUUGGCCAACAAUAUCUACAACAGCUUUACCCGAUUCACCAAGUGAAUAUACAAUGAUUUGUCAGUAUCUUGGUCUACCAAAUUGUUUAUCAAAAAUUUUAAAUCAAAAUAAUGAUAACAAUUUAAACGAUUUAGUAAACAGUUUAACUAGUUCAGAUACUAUUACUUCACGUGACCAGAUAAAUACUGUUCCACUCAUUUAUCCAAUGGAAGUCAAUGAACUCUAUCCAUUACCCAAAGAAUAUAUCGAUCUGAUGAAUCAAGUAUCACAAGGUGUUGCUCCAUAUAAAUAUGCUCGUGAUGAGACACGUUCACCAUGUAUAUGUUUAAUAUGUGGUGAAAUUGUUGUUCGAUCAUCUCAAACAAAUCGUCAAACAUCUGUAUCGUCAUUAGUGACAACCAAUCAUCCAGAAGCAAAUCUUGGUCCAUGUUAUUUGCAUACACUUCGAUGUUGUGGAUCGGUUGGUUUAUAUUUACGUGUUAAAGAAUGUUCAUUAUUAGUAUUAAAUAUUACUGAUAAUGGACGAGGAAACAAAGCUCGAGGAACAUUAAUACCGACACCAUAUCUUGAUGAUUACGGAGAAACUGAUCAAAAUUUAAGACGUGGCAAUCCGUUGCAUUUGUGCGAAGAACGAUAUCAUUUAUUACAUCGACGAUGGUUAUCUCAUACGUAUCCUGAAGAUAUUUCACGUAAUAUGGAAUUAAGUGCAUCUGUCUACGCAACGAAUUGGACUCUGUUUUAA